AUGCAUUCAGAAAGUAUAUUACGAUCUUCACCUUUGAUGAAAUAAGAAGAUACCUUGACUGAAGUUUUAGCUACUCAAUCUUAAACUGAGAAUUCUAAAAGAGAAUCAACUGAUAUAUAUUAAUCAUCAUAAUAACCACCUUAAUUGUUAACUAAAAUAUCAGAGAAAGAAUCAAUAACAGAUGCUUCUUGUUAAGUAAGUAGACAUUUAUCUACUUGUUAAGUGGAUAAGAUAAUUCCAGUAAGUAAUAAUUAAAGAUCCAGAUAAACUAGUAAUAUUAAUAAUUAAUAAAAUAAAUCACCUCCUCAUACAUAAAAAUCAUUAACACCUACAAGUCACUCAUAAAAAAAUAUAUAAUUUAAUAUAUUGGAUGAUUGUAAAUCUAAACCUAAAUUAGAUUCAUAAAUAUCAUCUUAAAUGAAUUCUGGUAGAAAUAAACCUGCUCACUUACUUACAAAUUAUAUUAAUUCUCAGAAAACCUUCUCUAAAGAUACUAAAUAAAAUCCAUUUAUUUAUGGUACAGCUAUCAAUAAUUGUAAACCAAUAACAGGUGAUAAUUUUAUUCUUAAGCCUGGUUAUAAAGUGAUAGUCUAAAAGAUAGACAAGAAGACUUAAUUAAUAGAAUGUUUAUAUGAGAAUUUAGUUGGAAUUUUUAGAUUGAGAGAUAUUGCAGUAAUUGAAGGUAUAUAAAAUUAACAUAUUGAAUUAAGAUCCUUCUAUUGAGUAAAAAAUAGAAAUUACAUAAAUAUUAUCUAAAUAAUCAAGUAAAAGUCCAUUAACAAAAUAACCAUAACACAAUAGACCUAAAUCCUUUCUAACUCCUACUAAAAAAAAUUGA